ACGAAAAUUAAAUUCAAAGAUUUUCUCAGUUUUGUACAAACAAAAUCUCUUCGUUUGAACUCAAAUGUUCGAAAAAAUUGUGCCCAAUUAUGUAGAUAUCCCCAAGAGGAUAAGAAAAGUGAAAACAAAAAGAAAUUUUUUAUAGUUUAUCAUGGAAAAUAAAGUGGAGAGUCCAGAUUACCAAAUGAUGGAUAUUUCUGAGACAAUAACAACAACAGAUAAUAUCUCUACUUCCUCAGCAUCGCCAACAAUCUCGAAUCAAGCUGAUAAUGAUAUCAACAAUCUCGAUGAAAAGAGCAGUAGAAACGAAGCUUUUUAUGAUACAAUAAGUAAAAAUAUGAACUCCAUUCAACUGACGACAAACAGUGUACAGGAUUAUGAUAAGCAAAAUAUGGCAAAUCGCAAUAAUUUAACCUUAGACACAAAUGAACAACAGAUCCAGCCGCAAAAGCUUACUCCUGUACGCAACCAUCCACUGAUGUUCGAAGACGAGAAUGCAUCUGAUGAUGCAUGCAUAGUUAAUGCAACAAACGAUGUAAGCAACUUCCCCGAUGUUAUUUUAUCUCAUCAUCAGCAAUCUCAUCACUUGGCGCAAUCAGCUUCAAAAUCCAUUGCAACAUCUGAUCUCGUUAAUUCUGUAAAUAAUAAUGGAGUAAAAAGCAGAAAACCCAUGUAUCGGGAGCCAAGCCCUUUGUUGUUGGGAUGUUCUGACGCAACUCGCCGUGGGAAAUAUGCAUUGAUACAGCAGCAGCUUGUUAAAGAAUAUACAAAGUUGAAAGAGCUUCAGAAAACAUUAUCAGGAAUAACAAUGGACCUUCAAAGUAUGCCAAUACAAAAAGCUCAAAAUUAUCAUCAACCACCCCCGUAUAGCAGCCAUUUAAAUCAAAAUGCAAUGAGCCAUGAUUCGCCCACGAAAGAUUUCUGGUUCGGAACACCGAAAGUUGUUGAACAAAAAGCAUAUCACGAUCCUGAUCGUUGGUCACCACCUCCGGGACCUUCGAGAUUUCAAAAACCUUCAAAGCCUAACUCUAAAAAUGAUCCUAAAAAACCUGCAGGAAAACCAGGCAGCAGCAGAGGACGAUCAUCUGGAAUGCCUAGUGAUGUAAAAGGAAGAGUUGGUAACGCCAAACCAGGAACAAGAAAAACAAUUUCAUCAGCAUCAACUAACAAAGAUGGUGACAAAAAUGACAAAAAAGAUGAAACCGAAAAUGAUGACGAAGGUCAAGAAGAAUCAGAAAAGAAAUUCGAGCCAUCAAGUCAUGGCGACGUUGAUCUUGUUGAUAUGCUUGAACGUGAUAUCCUUCAAAAGAAUCCAAACAUUCAUUGGGACGAUAUCGCUGACUUGCAUGAAGCGAAACGAUUACUUGAAGAAGCGGUCGUACUUCCCAUGUGGAUGCCGGAUUACUUCAAAGGAAUUCGUCGACCAUGGAAAGGUGUCUUGAUGGUUGGCCCACCUGGUACAGGAAAGACAAUGUUAGCGAAAGCAGUUGCAACUGAAUGUGGAACAACUUUCUUUAAUGUUUCGUCAAGUACUUUAACUUCGAAAUAUCGCGGCGACAGUGAGAAGCUCGUAAGAUUAUUGUUUGAAAUGGCACGAUUUUACGCUCCAUCAACAAUCUUCAUCGAUGAGAUUGAUUCUCUUUGUUCAGCCCGUGGCGGAGCGACAGAACAUGAAGCAAGUCGUCGUGUAAAGUCGGAGUUGCUUGUUCAAAUGGAUGGUGUGAACACGGAAGAUAAAGUUGUGAUGGUUCUUGCUGCGACAAACUUCCCUUGGGAGAUUGACGAAGCCUUGAGACGUCGAUUGGAGAAGCGAAUUUAUAUUCCACUUCCUAACAACGAAGGUCGCGUUGCUCUUCUCAAAAUAAACUUACGAGAAGUUAAAGUUGAUCCGACUGUUGAUCUUGAAGUGAUUGCUAAUCAAUUGAAAGGCUACUCGGGAGCUGACAUAACAAAUGUUUGUCGUGAUGCUGCAAUGAUGUCAUUAAGAAAGAAAAUUGUCGGCUUGAAACCAGAACAAAUAAAACUUUUGGCGAAAGAUGAAAUUGAUCUUCCAGUUAGCAGACAAGACUUUCUUGAAGCCAUCGGUAAAUGCAACAAAAGUGAUCUCAACGACUUCUUAAGUGAUUCCGAACCGGAUCUGUCACAAUAUCAGGCAGAAGUUUGUGCAUCCUUUCAAACCGUUGCUCUUGUGAGCACAAAUUCCACUCAACUAUCGUCACGUCUUCAACAAUCCUCUUCAUCACCUAAGUUCCUGAAUCUAGAACAUAAUCGAAGAAAGAUUCCAUUAUCUGAUGACUUAAGAGUUAAUGAUGAUUCAUCGCCGGAAGAACUGAGUUUUCGUGCUGACAAUUUUGCCGACGAUGAUGAUGAAGACUAUGCCGACAAUGAACCUUUAAAAAUUCAAAAUCUUUCUUCCUGUGACAAUAAAACUACAGCAAUUAAUGGUAAUUUGCGUAAAAGUACAAAUUCUGAUGGUAAACAAUUUUUAACAAUCAAUUUAAAUGAAUGCAUACCGGAAUAUUCAGCAGCAGAAGAGAAUAGAAAUGUAAGGAAUUUUCAGCUUAUCACGUUGCCUGAUGGGAAAACAAGGGAAAUUGAUAUGAAAGUCAUUGAGCCUUACAAACGGAUUUUAUCACAUGGUGGAUAUUUAAAAGCAGGCGGACAUAACGCCAUCGUUGUCUUUAGUGCUUGUCAUCUACCUGAUAGAUCUCGAGCCGAUUAUAAUUAUGUGAUGAACAAUUUGUUUUAUUACGUUGUUAAAACACUUGAGCAGCUAGUGACGGAAGACUACGUUCUUGUUUAUCUUCAUGGCGCCUCAAAUCGUAAAAAUUCUCCGCCUUUUCCUUGGCUUAAGAAAUGCUAUCAACUGCUUGAUCGUCGCCUUAGAAAAUCAUUGAAGAAUUGUUACAUUGUUCAUCCAACAUUUUGGUUGAAGUCAUUGAUUUGGAUGACACGACCGUUCAUCAGCGCAAAGUUUUGGAGGAAAAUGGUUUACGUUCCUUCACUUGAAGAGCUUUACACACUCGUUCCAGUCGAAAGAAAUUCCAUUCCCGAUAAAGUUUUGAGUUUCAAUGCAACAAUUAUUGCAAUGGAGCUUAAUGAAUAUCUAGAAGCAAAGCGGAAUUAUGAAAAUGACGGAUAUAAUGUUAUUUGGAUUUUUGAUAAAUCCUUCGUCCUCAAAAACAAAGAACUUUACUCCAAGAAACUUACAACUUUUGAAAUGCAUCUUGACAACAUUGAGGCACAUCCUCCGAAGAAAAUCGGCGACUUUCUAAUGUGCAGUUAUAGAAACAAUAAACUGACAGAGAACGAUGAAAGUAUGAAAAUGAUUCAUGCUGCAACAAGUGAAGGAUUUAGUAGAGAGCAGUUAGUUUACAUUGGCAAAGAUGAAUUUGGUGCAUCAUUGAAACAGAAGCAUGAAAUAUUUUUAAAUGCAUUUAAGAAAAUGCUACAAAACAAGAACAUGAUUCCAGAUCGAUCACUAAUAAUUUUAAACAAUGAGCAUAAAAGAAUUAUUAAAAACUCUGAAAUACCAGAAGGAAAAACAAAGGAGAGAAAAAGGCUCAUGGCUGCAAAUGCGAAGGGCCAAACGACUAUCCACAAUUUCUUUUCUUCAAAAAAAUUCUCCCAAGUAAAUCCAGUUAAGAAAGUUAUGAGAAGAUAUAAAAGUCCUCUUGAAUUUAUUACACAGAUGCUCCGAGGUGAUGAAGUCAAAAUUCUCUUCCUGCCAGUUUCACAUUAUGAACUUGAUGCGACAGAAUUCGUUUCUGUGUUUCUUCUCAACGAGAUUGGAAGAAGAUUUGACAUUCAAGAUGAUGAUGACACUAAAGACAAAGUGAUAAAAGCAGUGGAUCGCUUGCCAGAUCAAGUUUGGACCAAAGCUUGUGAUUAUAUCAAAGACGUUGAAAAAAUUUAUUUGGAGGAAAUCCCUGGAAUAAAAAUUAAAAAAGAAGAAACACUUGACAUUAAAAAAGAAAAAACUAAUGAGAAAUUGACAUGUUAAGCCUUAAAUUAACAAAUNAUU